ACCGAGAGCAGUGGCCCUUAGGACAUCUCGCUCUCUUUGGCUUCAUCCAGGUUCAUCAGGCUACUGCUGAGCAACAUGCUAUACCUCAUCAUCAACAUGCUAUUAUUCCUACCUGACAAACUGAGCUGUCCAAGUCUCCUCCUGAUGCAUAACUAAACCAAUGCCAGCUUGUAGAGAAAUACAGUGUAUGUUAGAAAUGUAGGAGUUUAGGAGUGGUCCUAUAAUGACUCCAGAAACUGAAAUAACCUGAGUGAGAGCUUCUUCAUGGUGAAGGGCGCUGCUCUCUUCCUGCAGCAGGGGAGCAGUAAUGAAGGACAGAAAGCACAUCCUCACCACAAACAUGCAGGCGACUUACCUCAACACUUACAGGUGAUGAUAAACAUCCUGCGCUCGGAGGACCGAAUCAAACUGGCGGUGCGGCUGGAGAGUGCGUGGUCUGAUCGUGUGCGGUACAUGGUAGUGGUGUACACCAGUGGGCGACAAGACACAGAGGAGAACAUCCUGCUGGGGAUCGACUUUACCAGCAAAGACAGCAAAAGCUGUUCGAUCGGCAUGGCGCUGCCUCUGUGGAGUGACACAAAGAUCCAUCUGGAUGGAGAUGGGGGUUUUACUGUGAACACGGCAAGUCGGACUCAUGUGUUCAAACCUGUAUCGGUGCAGGCUAUGUGGUCAGCCCUGCAGGUGCUGCACAAGGCAUGCGAGGUAUCCCGCAGGUACAACUACUUCCCUGGAGGCAUGGCUCUCACCUGGAUGGGCUACUACGAGAGCUGCAUCGCAUCAGAGCAGAGCUGCAUCAACGAGUGGAACGCCAUGAAGGACCUGGAGACCACUCGGCCGGACUCACCCACCAUGUUUGUCGACAAGCCUUCAGAGCGAGAGAGGACUGGGUGCCUUAUCAAAGCCAAACUCAGAAGCAUCAUGAUGUGCAGGGACCUCGAGAACAUCACCUGCAAAGAGAUCCGUACAGAGUUGGAGCAACACAUGAACUGUAACCUGAAGGAGUACAAAGAGUUCAUCGACAAUGAGAUGCUGCUGAUCCUGGGCCAGAUGGACAAACCAACACUCAUCUUCGACCAUGUCUACCUGGGAUCUGAAUGGAAUGCAUCUAAUUUGGAGGAGCUCCAAGAGUCGGGGGUCGGCUACAUCCUCAACGUUACCAGGGAAAUAGACAACUUCUUUCCAGGCACUUUCAGUUAUCACAACAUCCGCGUCUAUGAUGAGGAUGCCACUGACCUUCUGGCUCACUGGAAUGAGACGUACAACUUCAUUGUUAAAGCAAAAAAGAACCGCUCGAAGUGUCUCGUUCACUGCAAGAUGGGCGUCAGUCGGUCCGCUUCCACUGUCAUCGCCUACGCCAUGAAGGAGUUUGGCUGGUCGCUAGAGAAGGCUUACAACUUCGUCAAGCAAAAGAGGAGCAUCACACGACCAAACGCAGGCUUCAUGAGGCAGCUGGCUGAGUACGAGGGCAUCCUGGAUGCUAGUAAACAGCGUCACAACAAGCUGUGGCAUCCAGACGGAGACUGUGAGAUGGCAGAGGGGCAGCAGGGAAUGUCCCAGUGUUGUGGUGGGGGGGAGGGAGGCCACCUGACUCCAGAGCCGGGGAUGUCUCCGUGCUGCGAGGAGGCGCUGUCUGAUAAGGGAGCUGCGUGUCCUUCUCCGCGCAGGGCUGUUGCCCUGGAGAUCGACCCCGCCUACAACAACUACUAUUUCCGCCGGCUCUCUGACUCAGCGCUGGAUAGCGAACCGUCCACUCCUGUGCGCGGCCCCCCCCUUAUUGGCAUGGAGAAAGUUUUUAUAGAAAUUGACGAUGUGGAGAGGGACGCUCUGCUCGAUGAUGAAGCCUUUGACGGCCGUGAAGGCCUGCCGCUCCCCCCCGUAGGGCCCACAGCUGAUGGGACGGCUGCACAGACAAGCUCUCGGGGCCCUGAGGCCCUGGAGGAGCUGCGACUGAGGCUGGAGUUCAGCACAGUGGAGGAGGAGGAUGAGGAGGAGGUGCAAAAGGAGGAGGCAGAGAUGGAGGUGCUCAUGCAGCCAGAUGAUGGAGGGGGUGGAGAGAGGGGAGGAGGAGGAGGAGCAGAGGAAACGCAAGAUGUGGAGGUAGAAGGGGACACAGAGGGGAACGGGAUGGACCUGGCAACCCUAAAUGAGAACUCCAACAAUAACAACCACUUGAGCUCUCCUCGUCCCCUAAAUGGGAAAGCUUCCUCCCUCCCUCUUGCAGUUGUUGCUUCUACUCUGUCCUGGAGUGAUUCCAAGCUGAAAGAAGACUCCCCACACUUGGUUUCUAAGCUUUGCCUUAACCCCAGUCCUCCAGAAGUACCAACUGCUUCAAUCCCACUUUCCCAUACCUCUUCUGAAGGCCUACCUAAGUGUUCAGUGAAGUCUUCAGGGCUGCCGCGCCCCUGUGGCCCUCAGUGUGACUGUGCCAACUGUACGGCCCCCCCGCCUGCAGCUCUACUCGACAGAGAGGAGCAGUACCUCCCGGAGCCGAUGGGCAAUAGUGAUAUAUUUAAAGUAAAGACUGAUAGUCAGAAGGGUAAAUAUGCAGCUGCGUCGGAGGCUCUCCCUGAGCUGAUGGCACUGGAUUUGGAGGAAGAGAAACUUGCUGUGGCUUGCUGCGUCGGCCCACAGCAGGAGACCCUGCUGCAGCUGCAGAGGUCUGGGCUGGUCCGCCGCCGCGCAGAGAGACUAGAGAGACUCUCAGGUCUGUCCAACGAGAGCGUGCUUUCUCUGAAGCCUUUGCACACAUGCCAAUUGUCAGAAAGCAGCCCUUUCCACACUGAGGAGGAAGAGGAGUUCUCUGGUUUCCCUAAAUCUUCUACACCAUGCCAUGUGCGGUUAGAGCCACUGGUGGUGCCGCUGAGCAACGAAGCCUUGUUGGGAGUCGUGGGUUCCGGGUUGCUCACACCCACCUCCUCGCCUCAUGGCUCCACCCUGACUCGCAGCUCCAGUAGCGACAGCCUGCGCAGCGUGAGGGGGAAGCCCGGGCUGGUGCGGCAGAGGGCGCAGGAGAUCGAGACACGCAUGCGUCUGGCCGGCCUGACCGUGCCCUCCAGGCUGAAGCGCUCCAACUCGCUGGCCAAGUUGGGCAGCAUCAACUUCUCCUCGGAGGACUUGUGUUCAGCCUGCUCCUCCGAUGCAGGAACGCUGCUGCUCCUCUCGCUGUCCCCAGAGCCAGACCCCGGCCUGGAGUGGGACACCCCCACCACCUCCGCUCUGCCCCGGCACCGCAAGGACCUGCACACUCCAGAGAGAUCACUACCGGUGGAGCCCAGAAGCUGACACAUCAAGCGGAGGUUACUCAUCCCCUCGUUUGUAAGAGCUGGAGAGUCAAAAAGAAACUUAUGAAACAAAAAAAACCAUGCCAACUGUUGUCGUGAGGAUUGUGCACUCUCUUUGCCACGUUGUUUCUCCAGCUGCUGUUCACAGUGUUGAAAGUCAUAUUGCUGUAUCUGAUACGUGUGUAAAGCCAUCAGUUCACCUCUAACUUGGUUUGAUUCAUGGACAAACAAGUGCCUUACCUAUGAGACCAGAGGCACAGAGCUGUGUGGGACUGCAGGAUGAGGCGCUACGAGAGGCUGUAUAACCUUUAACUUCACAGCUGUGGGCACCUGAUAUGUACCAAAUGAUGGUAUCCAUUGGCACUUAGAUUAUUUUUUAACCUGUCUGGUACAAAGUGGUAGCCUACAUUGCUGAACUUCCCUCAAUGGAGCUUGACAAAAGCAAGGUGUUUAAUAAAUGUAGAGUUGUUUACCGCACAGUUUAUGUUUUAGAUGCUAGAGGGUUGUAAAAAUGUAAUGGUUACCUCAUGUUCAUGAAGCUCUUUCUCAGAUGAACACCGGGCUAGAGAUUUGAUUCAGUUACUUUGCUGGUUUUAAAAGUGUGGAAAUCAGUUUUGAGGUGUAUUUUAAUGCGUGACAGUGUGAGUCUAUGAGUGAAUGAAUGGGAUCAAAGAGAGAAGGUUGUGACUGUUUUUGCCAGAGGCAUGCUCACUGUUUCAGACAAACAGAACAGAAACAUUUCUGAGUUUGUUGUUCCUUUGCACUGCUUUUUUUAUUGAGUGAAUACCGGUACACACAAGCAAGCUUUUCUUCCAAAAUAACAUCAGAGUAAUGUUAUUAACCUCAUCAUUCCCUACAACGUUCUUAAGAGAGCACAGUGAGGAGUCACGAUGCAUGGCUUCAAAUCACGAAUCAAAGUGUGACAGGAAAUAUGGAUUGAUGGCAGUCAAAUCAUAUAAUUUAUGUGAAGCUGAAGUUAUCUUUUGACAAGAUAUGAUUACAAACAUUUGCAUCCAAACCUUCUUUACCUUAAAUCAUCCUUGAGGGUUGCCAACAUUUUAAAUUCAUUCGUGCUUUUUUUUUUUAUGUGAAAGACCAAAGUUCUUUAACCAUCUCGACAAAUUGAAAAAACCAUUGAAGCUGUUUAAAAGUAGGUGAACCAUAAUGUCAAUCAACCAUGUGCGUGUUUCAGUGCUGUCACAUCUUUUUUGCACCUUUUGGGAAAAACGAAAGAGGCUCAGUGAAGUCGUGAGGCUCAUAGCUGUUAAGCUUUUCCGCUCAAAUCAUCAGUGAGUUUUAAAGCUUACAUCACAACGGGUUACUCCACAGAUUUGUAACCUUUUUCUUUUUAUAUUUAAGUAUGCAGUAACUUUUGUACUGUACAUUGCUGUAGUUCGAAUGCAUAUUGCACUUUUUAUGUUUGUCAAAAUAAUGUACUGUAUGUGUUAAUUAUGGAAAAUAAA